AUGUCCGAUUCAGAUGGUUCGGAGUCCCCCAAGCGUCAAUUUUCAAGAAGGAAAGAUCGAACUCAACAAUCCGACCCGUUAAAGUGUCCACGAUGUGAAUCAACAAACACAAAGUUCUGUUACUACAACAAUUACAACAAAACACAACCUAGAUACUUUUGCAAAGCUUGUAAAAGGCAUUGGACAAAAGGUGGAAGUAUUCGCAAUAUUCCCAUAGGUGGUGGAAGGACAAAUAAGCGGCUUAGAAGGCCUAUAAUCACCAACACAAUGACAAACACCCUUUCUAUAGAUCAUGCUAGUCAUCUCCAAGGGUUAAUUGAUUCCAAAGAAACAUAUGAUGCUUCUAACGACUUGCUCUUUGAACCAAUGGGCAAUGAAAGAAGUAGAGAUGAAGAGGAAUCAUACACAAAUAUUGAAGAGCUAAAAGGUUUGGUUUCUUGGAAUUUCAAUGAAAGCUUUGUAGGUUGUACAAUGCAAGAUUUGGAUCAUGAAGAUCUUCCAAAAUUAGGAUUAUCAAUACUUUCGAGCUCUUUUGAGACAAAAUCUAGUUUAACUAUUCCAAGAUCUUUUAGCGAAAUGCUUGGAAAUGUUGAGGAUUCGACCGUUGAGACAAGCAUGAUCAUGCCUAGUUUUGAACCCACAAACAACUUUUAUGAGCUAAGCAAUCUUACAUGGAAUGAUCUUGACAUAAUGGCUCUUGAAGAUAUGAAUAAACCAUGGGAGGAUCCAGCAUUCAAAACUUAG